AUAUAUGUAGGCACGAAACGAAAUAGUUCACCACACGACAACAUGAUACCACUCAGAAUCUUGUUAAUUCAUUGAUUGUUUCAAACGACCAACUAAAUUGGACAUAUAUUCAUGAUAAGCCCGCAACCAUUCAGGUCAAGGAUAUUUGGAACAUGGAAUCAGAAUUUUCUGUUUUGGAGCAUGGAGCUAUAUUAUCAGCAUUGGAGGAAUGCACAGACGCAUUAGCCAUAUACCAGUACACACUAAAGAAGCCAUCAGUGCAUAUAGGCAUUGAUAUCGACUGCAUUCCACCGGAAGUGAGAUACUCAAAGAAAAUUCAACAAAAUGGAAAUAAUAAUUCGAAUAAUGUCGUGGAGAAUUUUAUCGAGCAACGUGCAAUAUUUGAUAAAUUACAACGAGAUGGUUUGUACAUAGAGAGGCUUGUGACAGAGACGAAGAAGAUUUUUCACAAGAAUGGAUAUCUCGACAUGUUGAUCGAUGAAGUCGAAAAGGAGGAAAGUCGAAAAAGCCGAGAAGAAUUUUUAUUAACGGAAAGUUUACAAUUGGAGAAGGAAUUGUCGAGUCUCUGCCAAAUCAGAGACGGGGAAAUUUUAACUAAUAAAGAGGAGGCUGAAAGUUUGCAGCAAAAAUUACUUGAUAGAAAGAGGGAAAUGAACGAGAUGACGAGUAAGGCACAUGUGGAGUUGAACUAUAUAACUGCUUGGAAAAAGACACAAUGUCAGCAAAGUAUUUUACGUGGGAAUAUUACUUUAAAGAGUCUGAAUUUAGCUCAGAGGGAGUGUAUUAUUCUCAAGGAGAAUGAACGUCGUGUAACUGAGAAUAUCGAAGCCUUUCUCCUGCAGAACUUGGCUGCGAAUGAGAAGCAGUCAGUGCAUAGGAAACAGAGGCACGUCAAAGAAUCAACGAUGUAUGAGGAUGAAAUCCGACAACUCAGAAACGAAAUAGAAAUUCGUCGAAGCGUUCUUGAGGAUCUCAAACGUGAGUAUGAUAGUAGGCAAGCGUUCAUAGACACGUAUCUCGCGGAGAAGGAAGCCAUCCGGAAGCAAAAGGAACACGAGGAACAUGUUAGAAGAAGUGCAAUCAAGAUUCAAGCUUGGUGGAGAGGCGUGAUGGUUCGCCGGAAACUGGGACCCUAUCGACCAGAGGAUAAGAAGAAGCGUUCAACGAAAAUCAAAAAAUAAU